UAUUGAAAAAACAAGUAAUGAGAUUUAUGAAAUUUUAAUGAAUGAAAAUUUAGAUGUAGAUGAAGAUUUUAUUGAAAUUACUGAAGAUAGUUUAAAUAAUGAAAAUGGUGAAAAUGAAAUAUUUGAUGAAGAAGAUAAUUUAUUAAUUGGUAAUGUUUUGAAUUUAAAUAAGUUUUAUAGUGAUUUAGAUGAAUUAGAAUUUAAUAUGAAUGAAGAAUAUAAUGAUAAAGAAAGUUAUAGUGAAGCAGAAGCUAUUUCAAAUCUAACUCAAGAGGCUCAAGAAAAUAUUAAUUAG